AUGUUCUUCUGCUCUAUUAGAUCUCAAUGCAUCGCAUUCUACCCUGACAAGGUCCUAGAUGUCAUUACAGAAGAACCUCAGUCCAGCAUCAACAACGCCGUUGUCUAUUGCUCUACACUAGGGGAAGUGGGUACCCAGACCUCUCAGAACCUUCUUUUGUCAUCAGCAAGCUUGGUUCCUUUUGUUGCUCGCAAUAUCGAACAAAGCACGAUGAUCAAGUCCGAAAACAAAGACAUACAACAACAAAUUCUGGAUUUGCUGUUGGAAGCCAAAGAGAAGGACGACAAGAUGCUGGCACUGCAGCUAAAGGCUAAAGAGAAGGAUGACAAGAUGCUGGCUCUGCUGCUAGAGGCUAAAGAGAAGGAUGACAAGAUGCUCCUGAUGCAAGAGCAGGCACUCGAUCGACUCGCAGUCAUUCAUGGACGAGUCGCGGCGCUCCUUACACAGACAUACGAGCUGCACGAGUAUCCGAUUCCACGACUAUUCAUCAUCCUACCCAAUAAGACCUCCAACUGGGACCCCGCCAACAUCCUCAACAACCAGUUCCGACUUCAUUUUCUCUGCGAAUGUGGCGAGCACACCAAGGUGUUUGAUGGCGAGAAUACCAAGAUUCCACACCACAUUCACCUUGCCAAACAUGAGGGAUACGACCUUCACAGACCCAAGGAGUUUUUCCAAAAGUAUGGCAGGUACAUGCUGACUGUGCUAGAGAUGAUCAAGUACGGGGUCACAAUUGCGGGCCUCGCCGUUCCCGCGCUGGCUGCCAUCAGUGCCCCUGGAGUUAUUGACAUGUUCAAGGACUCUCUGGACACCAUCUCACAGUCAGAUGUCAACCAGUCUAUCGCGUAUCUACAAGGACUUGCGAACAACGAUUCCAAAGAUCAGGACUCGGCCAAGGACAUCGAGGCGGAUUCGUUCACUGGACUGGACGCUUUAGAGGGUGCAGACCUUCGUCACUUGGAAGCUUUUAUCAAGGGCAAAGACAAGCAUCGAGCACUAGGAAACCUCUACCGAAUUGUCACACAGGAGGGCCAUGUCAAAUGGGUCUGCAUCGACCAUUAUCGUUUGACUUACAAAGAAAAAGAGCAACAGGCAUUUACAAAUGCAGUCCAGAUGAAUGGUGGUACUUAUGAACCGCAACUCGGUCAAGUAGUGAUCAGGCUGGGAUCCAAAAUCAGAGCUGCAGAAUUCUUCGAUGCCCUAGGCAAAGCACGACGUGUUGACGACCUGGAUAUCACAUUCGACUGGGAGUGCACUAGGAGUGAUCUUGAAGCAUUAGAGGAUGCACUCAAGAAAUCAAGAGUAUUGAUUCUUCGACUUGAUCUCUAUCGAUUUCGAACAAGCCUCGGCAGCAAACUGUUGCCGACAUCCACACGAUACGAAGUACUUUUUCGCAUCAUACAACUUCCUAAUAUGAAAAUGAUUCAUGUUGUCCUUCCAAAGGAGUUUGUCAAGCUUUCCAGUUUUGAAACAAAAAGACCAUCUCAUCUUCGCCAGUUAUCCUUUGAGACGGUAGCUAGAUCGAUUGGAGGAAAGGAAUUUGGAAUAGUAGCAGAGACGCUCAAGACCAACUCGACUCUGACCACUUUGGACUUGGCGGGCAACUCGAUCGGAUCCAACGGAGCUCAGGCGCUGUCUGAGCCACUCAAGACCAUCUCGACUCUGACCACUUUGGACUUGGCAGCCAACUCGAUCGGACCCAACGGAGCUCAGGCGCUGUCUGAGGCACUCAUGACCAACUCGACUCUGACCUCUUUAGACUUGGGGGACAACCCGAUCGGAGACAACGGAGCUCAGGCGCUGUCUGAAGCACUCAAGACCAACUCGACUUUGGCCACUUUGGACUUGUGGAACAACGGGAUCGGAGACAACGGAGCUCAGGCGCUGUCUGAGGCACUCAUGACCAACUCGACUCUGACCACUUUGGACUUGUGGAACAACGGGAUCGGAGACAACGGAGCUCAGGCGCUGUCUGAGGCACUCAAGACCGACUCGACUCUGGCCACUUUGGCCUUGGGGGACAACUCAAUUGGAGACAACGGAGCUCAGGCGCUGUCUGAGGCACUCAAGACCAAUUCGACUCUGACCACUUUGGACUUGACUCUCAACAGGAUCGGAGACAGCGGAGCUCAGACGUUGUCUAAGGCACUCAAGACCAACUCGACCCUGGCCACUUUGGCCUUGGGGGACAACUCAACUGGGGACAACGGAGUUCAAGCGCUAUGUCAAGUGUCCAAGACCACAAGAUGUGACAUAAUAAUACAUUAA